AUGUUUGAAAGUAACCUUUUGUCGCAGAUAAAUACUGCAUCCCCACUUCCAACCUUUGUGGAAGUAGAUCUUGUGAAUUCCAUAAAUAACUCUUUAUCAAAGGCUUUCCAUUUUGUACAUGUAUUACUCGCUGAGAAGAGUGAUACUGUGGCUUCACUUCUUCCAUGGAGUUCUGAGAUUUGGCUAGUACUUCAAACCCUUCUUGAGCACAGACUAUUAUUUCAUGCCAAUACAACAUUUGCAGAGAUGUUGUUUGGUCUUUGUCGUGGUGCUAUUGCCUCCCCAACACGACCACUCCCUUCUCAAGGGAAACUCUCAUGGUGGAUUUGUGGGCCCGCCCCUAUUCCAUCAUUAGAAGAACAGGCAUUACAAUCCCCAACGUCUACUGCUUUAACGGAAAUGAAGGAUUCCAUACUGGAUUCACCACAUAGUAACUUCACCGCAACAGAAAUGGUGGCUUCACAAGAUGCCUCUUAUGGAUAUUUGCGAUUCCGUCCUCUUUCAGAAACACAACGUUAUAUUUCUCUUUUUCUUAUUACACUUAAACCCUAUUUGCAGGAGCGUGCGGCCAUGUGGUACUCGGAACAGUUAGAUUCAUCACCUGGUGCGGUUUCUAUGCGUGCGGCCUAUGCGAAUCGUUAUCCCUUGCGAGCUCGUAUAAAGGAGAUUUUAAAACGUCUCUAUCCUCUUUUUCGCACUGUUACCGCAAGUAUGGGAUUCUUAUAUCAGAUUCUUUUUCUUCUGGAGUGCACACCAUACACAGCCGCCCUUCAUCGUGUCUUUGGUAUUGCUGUUCAUCGCCUUACAAUGAAGGAUCAUCGUGCCUUAUCAAAUCCCCGUGCCCAACGAAUCCUUAUAUUAGCCCGUGUGCUAUUUUUCCUGGUAUUUAUUGGAUUCCGUCUGUUGGAGUUCACAGGUGCAGGUACGGGCAGCAAUUCCGUCUCUAACUUGAUAGAAACAGAUGAGAACCUCGCCGUCCCACAACCACCCGUGUGGGGUGUGGAUGUAGAAGUUCCUGCAGGCGCACGUAUACCAGAGCCUGGUAUCUGUCCGGUCUGUGAGCGACGAGUAACAAAUGCGGCGGUGUGUACAGUCAGUGGUAUCGUUGGAUGUUAUCCAUGUCUGCAGAGUUACACUAGAGAACACGGAGCGUGUCCGGUGACAUCACUCAAGACAUCAGUGGAUUGUAUUCGACGUAUAUAUGAGUGCUGA